UCCAGUUGGGUUUGAGUAUUAACUUGACAAGGUGUAGAGGAUGACGUGGUUCAGCUCACAGAUGGCAUCAUGGGAUGGGGAGCACCGCGGGGAGCUUCCUUUAGUCUAAAGCUUAACAUCACUCAACAUAUACAGUAAAAUGGAAGACGUGUGUUUACAGUGAAGGUUUACAUGUGUUUUCAGUAAGAAGUUAUAGUGUUUAUAGUGAAGGUUUACAUGUGUUUUCAGUAAGAAGUUAUAGUGUUUAUGGUGAAGGUUUACAUGUGUUUUCAGUAAGAAGUUAUAGUGUUUAUGGUGAAGGUUUACAUGUGUUUUCAGUAAGAAGUUAUAGUGUUUAUGGUGAAGGUUUACAUGUGUUUUCAGUAAGAAGUUAUAGUGUUUAUGGUGAAGGUUUACAUGUGUUUUCAGUAAGAAGUUAUAGUGUUUAUGGUGAAGGUUUACAUGUGUUUUCAGUAAGAAGUUAUAGUGUUUAUAGUGAAGGUUUACAUGUGUCUUCAAAAUCAAAUCAAAUCAAAUGUAUUGUUCACAUACACAUGCUUAGCAGAUGUUAUUGCGAGUGUAGUGAAAUGCUUGUGCUUCUAUUUCUGACAGUGCAGCAAUAUCUAGCAAGUAAUAUCUAACAGUUCCAAAACAGAUAUCUAAUACACAGAAAUCUAAGUAAAGGAAUGGAAUAAGAAUAUAUAAAUAUAUGGAUGACCAAUGUCAUUAUCAGAGUGGCAUAGGCUAAGAUGCAAUAGAUAGUAUAGAAUACAGUAUAUACAUAUGAGAUGGGUAAUGCAAUAUAUGUGGUGAUCCUCUGUAGCUCAAUUGGUAGAGCAUGGCGCUUGUAACGCCAGGGUAGUGGGUUCGAUCUCCGGGACCACCCAUACGUAAAAAUGUAUGCACACAUGACUGUAAAUCGCUUUGGAUAAAAGCGUCUGCUAAAUGGCAUAUUAUAUGUAAACAUUAUUACGAUAGUGUAGAAUACAGUAUAUACAUAUGAGAUGAGUAAUGCAAGAUAUGUAAACAUUACUAAAGUGGCAUUAUUAAAGUGACUAGUGUUCCAUUUAAAGGUGAGGAGAAGUAUAUUUUCUGUACUAGAAUAGCAGGAAAGGUGAAGAGUGAAUAUUUCAUGUCUGGUACCAGCUGUUAGAGAAAAAGUUAAUAACGUAAUUUAAUUUCCUCCACAGACUAAGUUCUACCAAUCGUAGUAUGAUUGACCCACGUCAUCCUCCAGUGUCCCUUCUCUUCCAGGUACCCUUUGUGAGGAGGUAGUGGACGAGUGCGACCCCAGCCCUUGUGAGAACGGGGGUCAGUGUGAGAGCCUUGUGGGGGGCUAUGUGUGCCACUGCUUUCCGCAGAACCAAGAUGAGUUCCUGUACGGGGGACAGAACUGCAGUGAGGCUAUGGUGGGCUGUGAGGGCCACGAGUGUCUAAACCAGGGCUCCUGCUCUCCCUUCCUGAGUGACGGGCAUCAUGGCUACUCCUGCCUCUGCCCCCCGGGCCACACCGGGCCUCUCUGCCAGACCCCCACAGUCUUCUCCUUCGAGCGGAGCGGCUACUUGCUGUUGCAGAGCCCACUGGUGGCCGCGGAGGCCUCGUGCGACAUCACCCUGAGCUUCCGGACAGUGCUGCCCAAGGCCGUGCUCUUCCAGCGGGGCAGUGGAGGGCUGGUCCUGGGUCUGGAGCUGCUGGGGGGCCAGCUGACACUCAGCCUCAGGAGGGAGGCCUCGGCUGGGGGUGGGGUCGAGGGAGAGGCCCUGCAGCUUAGGCAGACCCUGGAGCUCCCCCUUAACGUGACUGAUGGGGAGUGGCACUCUGUGAAGGCCGUGCUGGGGGACGGCCUGCUCAGCCUCAGGCUCCUGGAUGGUGGGGUCUGUCAGGAGCAGGACUGUGAGAGGGAAGCCCGGGUCGAAGGCACCCUGGCUGGGGUGAACUCUCCAGAGUCUCCCCUCCAGAACACUUUCAUCGGCGGGGUGGUGGAGGCAGGCGGGGCCCUGGUUCCGGUCCCGGCCUUCAUUGGCUGUCUGCGGGACGUGUUUGUGGACUCCCAGCUGUUGGUUCCGGAGGAGUGGCUGAGCGACUCGGCAGUGAACGUGACUGCAGGCUGCAGCCACAGGGACAGAUGCCAGGACAACCCCUGUCAGAACAGAGGACAGUGCAUCAACCUGUGGCAGAGCUACCAGUGCCGGUGCCCCCGGCCAUACGAAGGUCACGACUGUGCUGACGGUAAGAAUGGAUAGGGGUGCUGAGGAAAAGGUAUGGGAUCUAUGUACAGAGAUACAUACAGUGGGGAAAAAAAGUAUUUAGUCAGCCACCAAUUGUGCAAGUUCUCCUACUUAGAAAUAUGAGAGAGGCCUGUAAUUUUCAUCAUAGGUACACGUCAACUAUGACAGACAAAAUGAGGAAAAAAAAUCCAGAAAAUCACAUUGUAGGAUUUUUUAUGAAUUUAUUUGCAAAUUAUGGUGGAAAAUAAGUAUUUGGUCAAUAACAAAAGUUUCUCAAUACUUUGUUAUAUACCCUUUGUUGGCAAUGACACAGGUCAAACGUUUUCUGUAAGUCUUCACAAGGUUUUCACACACUGUUGCUGGUAUUUUGGCCCAUUCCUCCAUGCAGAUCUCCUCUAGAGCAGUGAUGUUUUGGGGCUGUCGCUGGGCAACACGGACUUUCAACUCCCUCCAAAGAUUUUCUAUGGGGUUGAGAUCUGGAGACUGGCUAGGCCACUCCAGGACCUUGAAAUGCUUCUUACGAAGCCACUCCUUCGUUGCCCGGGCGGUGUGUUUGGGAUCAUUGUCAUGCUGAAAGACCCAGCCACGUUUCAUCUUUAAUGGCUUUGCUGGUGGAAGGAGGUUUUCACUCAAUCUCACGAUACAUGGCCCCAUUCAUUCUUUCCUUUACACGGAUCAGUCGUCCUGGUCCCUUUGCAGAAAAACAGCCCCAAAGCAUGAUGUUUCCACCCCCAUGCUUCACAGUAGGUAUGGUGUUCUUUGGAUGCAACUCAGCAUUCUUUGUCCUCCAAACACGACGAGUUGAGUUUUUACCAAAAAGUUCUAUUUUGGUUUCAUCUGACCAUAUGACAUUCUCCCAAUCCUCUUCUGGAUCAUCCAAAUGCACUCUAGCAAACUUCAGACGGGCCUGGACAUGUACUGGCUUAAGCAGGGGGACACGUCUGGCACUGCAGGAUUUGAGUCCCUGGCGGCGUAGUGUGUUACUGUUUACAUUUACAUUUUAGUCAUUUAGCAGACGCUCUUAUCCAGAGCGACUUACAGUUAGUGAAUAGAUCUUUUUUUUUUUUUUUUUUUUUUAUACUGGCCCCCCGUGGGAAUCAAACCCACAACCCUGGCGUUGCAAACGCCAUGCUCUAUCAACUGAGCUACAUCCCUGCCGGCCAUUCCCUCCCCUACCCUGGACGACGCUGGGCCAAUUGUGCGCCGCCCAUGAGUCUCCCGGUCGCGGCCGGCUGCGACAGAGCCUGGAUUCGAACCAGGAUCUCUGGUGGCACAGUUAACACUGCGAUGCAGUGCCUUAGACCACUGCGCCUACUGUUGGUAGGCUUUGUUACUUUGGUCCCAGCUCUCUGCAGGUCAUUCACUAGGUCCCCCCGUUUGGUUCUGGGAUUUUUGCUCACCGUUCUUGUGAUCAUUUUGACCCCACGGGGUGAGAUCUUGCGUGGAGCCCCAGAUCGAGGGAGAUUAUCAGUGGUCUUGUAUGUCUUCCAUUUCCUAAUAAUUGCUCCUACAGUUGAUUUCUUCAAACCAAGCUGCUUACCUAUUGCAGAUUCAGUCUUCCCAGCCUGGUGCAGGUCUACAAUUUUGUUUCUGGUGUCCUUUGACAGCUCUUUGGUCUUGGCCAUAGUGGAGUUUGGAGUGUGACUGUUUGAGGUUGUGGACAGGUGUCUUUUAUACUGAUAACAAGUUCAAACAGGUGCCAUUAAUACAGGUAACGAGUGGAGGACAGAGGAGCCUCUUAAAGAAGAAGUUACAGGUCUGUGAGAGCCAGAAAUCUUGCUUGUUUGUAGGUGACCAAAUACUUAUUUUCCACCAUAAUUUGCAAAUAAAUUCAUUAAAAAUCCUACAAUGUGAUUUUCUGGAUUUUUUGUCUGUCAUAGUUGACGUGUACCUAUGAUGACAAUUACAGGCCUCUCUCAUCUUUUUAAGUGGGAGAACUUGCACAAUUGGUGGCUGACUAAAUACUUUUUUCCCCACUGUAUGGGAAGAAGUGUAGGGCACUCAACCAACGUGAGUCGAGGUGCAAACAGAAAAAUUUAUCAUAAUUUAAAAGGAACAAGGUGCAGCGCUCGCUCACCAUUAAAACAUAUUAUUUCAUUUAAGCAACUAUUAAAAGCUUGACGUUUAGGCCUUCAUCAGUGGCCUUCAUCAAUGGCCUUCACCAGAACCAUACAUACCUACAUACCCAUGCUCAAAUGUAUUGAAUAGAACAUCCUUAGUAGGCCUAGGGCUGUUGCGGUGACCGUUUUACCACCACACCGGCGGUCACGAGUCAUGAAGGCAGUCAAAUUCCACGUGACCGUUUAGUCACGGUAAUUAGGCUUCUCCAAGCUCUGAUGCUGCUGAUGGUCAUUAGUAGCCAACCAAACUUGCUAACUACCUGGUACUCAGCACUCUAUUGUCCCUCUAAUCACUCUGACAUCAAUGCAAAUGUCAUUGAAAAUCUAAUCAAACACUUAAUGAGAGCCCAUAUGAGCUCAUGUUGCGCAACAUUACUAUAGGCUAUGCAAUUGGAUCCCAUCAGCUUUCUAUAGGCUAGGCCUACUAUAUUUAUUCCUCAACAUUCCUAAUAUUAAGCACAUUGCUUAUCUUUACAACAGGAGUAUAGCCUACCUGGCUGGCAUGAAAAUGAACCAGGGGAAAAGCGUCCUCCAUUCGCUAUUUAAGUGCAUCGAUGACAUGUAAUUGUCCCCCUGAACCUGUUUCGAGACAGGUGCAUGAUAAUGGUCCAUUCUAAAUCAAAACAAAUUUCACACAUAUAUUACUUAGUAUAUGUAAAGACAAGAUUAAAUCAAGAAUAGUCUGAUGGGUGACAAUAUUAGCCUAUCACUUGUGAAUUAUAUAUUAUCACUUGUAAAUAAUGCCCAGCGUAAGGCAAGAGACAAUGCCUUUUUUUGGCUACUUUUUCGAAUCAUAGUCGCACACCUCAUGUAGCCUAGCCCAUAGGCCUAUUUGUUUUGAUGAGGUUUGUAUCACAACUAAUGUGGCCAAAUAACUUCUUAAAAUUAAGCACAUUAAUCCGCUUUACAACGGGUGUAGAGCCUAACUGGCAUACAUAAGCAGCGCAUGAUCUUUAAGUUUGGGGAAGAUAAUUUUCACCAUAAAAAUGCACCUUUAUAAUAAAAGCAUUACUUUGCAGUCACUUUUGAUAAUGGUGUUUUCCCGCUAAUGGAACAUUUGGCUUAUAGCCUACUGCCGCGUGCACAUUGCUGCACUUAUAAUGUGAAGAAAUAACCUAAUAGUUUAAUCCACAUUUUAAGCUAAACGUUCUGAUCUGUUGCGUCAGCCACAUUGCGUAAAAAAUGUUUUUUGAUGCUAGUGGUUGUAUUAAUUUGGGAUCUAUCGCAUCCCACAACUGUCCCAGACUAUGUUUGGAAUAUUUCUUUCUCACACAGAAUAGAAUAGGUCAACUUUUGUACUAUGGAGGAUAGUAGAUUGACAUAGGCUAGUGCUUUUGCUGUUCGUUAGGCCUACUCAUCUUGUUGGCUGACGAAAAGUAAAUGUGGACAGUUCUUCCAAUAUCUUCAAUAUGCACCUCGGAAUUGGAUAAGGACGCAUGCAGUUGCGUCCCCGAUGUGUCUGUCUUCACUUGUAGCCUGUGAGAAAGACUUGAUCACGUGAUGGAGAGCCAUGUGAGUGAGGGGUGCUUUGGAGCACACAGCACUCAGGGAGAAAGGCACAACUGCCACUGGCCGUAAAAGGCAUGGAUUUUUUUGGGGUGCAUUACGGUCACACAAAGGGGAUGCCGCCGUGAAAUUUGAGGCAUUAUCAAGUGCUUGUCGAAUUGUGAAUGAGAGACUGAUGAAGUGUGUACAUCCUGCGCAAAAGAACAAAGCAGAGCUCAUGCCUUUCAAGCAACCUUUUUCAAAUUAUCAUUAGAGUCGCAUCAUGCAGCCUUACAAUGUAUAAAAAAUCUAAACAUAUAGCCCAACGUUUGUAGAACAACUAAAGUUACAUUAAUAACUCAAAAUUAAGAAUAUAGGAGUACCUAUUUCUUUGUUAACCGCUCAACAAAGAAUAGCCGCAUGUGUGCACUCCCUCAAAUCGUUUGGAGAAAAUAUCCUCUAUUUUAUUCAGCUUUGUUCAAUUGUAUUCUUCAUACUAUAAAAUAAUGCCAUUAUAUAUUGGAAUUCUAAGCAAAUCUUGUCUGCUAAAUGAACUAGUGUAUCCCACAGCCAUUUGGCAUAGCCAGACCAGGACCUAACAUAAGGACAACUCAGAGUAUGCUAUUCUGUUCUUCUGAAAUAGACUACAUUUUCUUCAUAUCAUGCUUCUUUAGACCUGUCUAAAAUAAAUCAUGGAUUUAUUGUAAAGGUGUAGGCUAUAUUACAUGGAUUUAUUAGACCUUUUAAAAUGUAGAUGUUCCAAAGGUCUGCAUCAGUGACUUGUAGGCUAUGUGUGGAAGCCAGGAGAUGCUAAAUGUGUUUAUGUUAAUUAACGGUCAAUUAUUGUGAGACCGACAGUUAUUUGCUUGACAAUUCACGGCUGAUGAAAUUUCGUGAACGCCACAGCCCUAUGUAGGCCUACAUAACAGAGAGACUGUAGAACAGAGUAGAGCAGAGCAGAGCAGUCAGAAGUCACAUUCAGAGAUCAGCUCCCUGAAAGGAUAAAUGGAUUAAAGGAGGGAGGGAGGAAAUCUCUGUUGGAAACGAUGAGGUAAUGCAGUGCCAUGUAAGGAUGCCUUGUAAGGACUUACAAUACUUACACAAUACAAACAUACAUUGAUUUGCAAUCAUAGAGUCACACAAAUGACAGUACAGAGUAUACAUUAGACCCAGGCAAGUCAUUUCAGCUCUUUGUUUUCUGAGAGAGAUAUUAUUAGCCAGUUGCCAUCAAAGCAGAUUAGUAAUAAUCUGACAGUACCUUAAGGAAAGACACACAGAAACACAAACGCUACACACAUCUAGAUCUAGAUUUGAACUACAGCUAACCUGGCUGCAGUGACGGGCAUAAGCUACAUACGCGGUCGCUUAGGGCCCCUCACCAAAAAUGUACUGUUGAGACUUAGGAUAGUAGAAUACACAAGGUGCAAUCAGCAGUUUUCCUGUUAUGUCAGUCACUGAAAGUCACUCCAUUAGCCCAUGUCAGCUAAAAACAAUCAUCUGUAAAUUACUAGGCAAGUUAGUCUAGCCAGCUAUCUAAACCUUGUAGUAAUCAUGGCCGAAUUACCGACCGUGCACGCAGGGCACAUGCCCAGGGGGCCCUAACCUUCAGGGGGGCCCCCAUUUAAUUUUGUUAGUCACUCUCACCCAGAUAUCGUAUGAACAUGGCAUAAAUCAUGAUAAAAUGUUUAGAAUGGCAGAAUAUAUGUGGACUUGUAGGAAAUGUACUUUAAAGCUGCAAAAAUGUUCUCCCUGCCCAAUGGCAAAUAUGUGGAAUUGAAUGAAAUUAGCUUUGAAACUGCAUAAUCUUCUCUUCACCUAAUAGCAAAAUGUGAAGAAUUGCAGGAAAUUAGCUUUAAAAUGGCAAAAUGUUCUCUCCACCCGAUGGUAAAUGUGUAGAAUUGCAGAAAGAUGUCUUUAUAUUUGCUAUAUUUUCUAUACUCAUUGUAAAAUGUGCAGAAUUGCAGGGAAUUAACAUGAAAACCAAAUCUCGCUUAGGGCCCCCAAAAGACUAGGGCCGGCCCUGGCUGUGUAUGGAAAAUUCAAGCCCUUUCUUCUCAAAUGCCUACAGAUCACAAACAUGCCAUUCUGUGUGUGCGUGCGUGAGUGCUUGCAUGCACAGGUGUGUGUGUGCAUAUGUGUACGUGUGUCUUUGCAUGUGAGUGCAUUUGGCUGCGUUUACACAGGCAGGCCAAUUCUGAUCUUCUUUUCACUAAUUGGUUUUAAUAAUUGGGCAAAAGAUCCGAAUUGGUCUGCCUGUGUAAACACAGCCUUAGAUGAGUGUCCUCUGGGCUUCAUGUAUCUGUAUCAGUGUGUGUCAUCUGGCCCAGUCUGCCCCACGAUGACCAACCAACCAGCUAGCCAGUCAGCCAACCAACCAACCAACCAACCAGCUAGCCAGCCAGUCAACCAACCAGCUAGCCAGCCAGUCAGCCAACCAACCAACCAGCCAGUCAGCCAACCAACCAGCCAGCCAGUCAGCCAGCCAGCCAGCCAGCCAGUCAGCCAGUCAGCCAGCCAGCCAGCCAGCCAGCCAGAGGAAAGUGCUGAUGUUGCAACAUGGGAGCAUAUGGGCUACUGGCUGCUUACCACACACUAACAUAGUCUUCUUGGACAGUAGAGAAAGUCAUACCACUACAAGUUAUAUCUAGCCUUUUUGUCACACAAAACAAAUACAUCAUUUUUAUUCACACCCUCCACACUCCACCUCAAUAUGUUAAAAUAACACAAUCAUCAUAACCCUGUUUAUAAUAACACAAUCAUCAUAACCCUGUUUAUAAUAACACAAUCAUCAUAACCCUGUUUAUAAUAACACAAUCAUCAUAACCCUGUUUAUAAUAACACAAUCAUCAUAACCCUGUUUAUAAUAACACAAUCAUCAUAACCCUGUUUAUAAUAACACAAUCAUCAUAACCCUGUUUAUAAUAACACAAUCAUCAUAACCCUGUUUAUAAUAACACAAUCAUCAUAACCCUGUUUAUAAUAACACAAUCAUCAUAACCCUGUUUAUAUUAACACAAUCAUCAUAACCCUGUUUAUAAUAACACAAUCAUCAUAACCCUGUUUAUAUUAACACAAUCAUCAUAACCCUGUUUAUAAUAACACAAUCAUCAUAACCCUGUUUAUAAUAACACAAUCAUCAUAACCCUGUUUAUAUUAACACAAUCAUCAUAACCCUGUUUAUAUUAACACAAUCAUCAUAACCCUGUUUAUAUUAACACAAUCAUCAAAACCCUGUUUAUAAUAACACAAUCAUAACCCUAACCCUGUCUCUCUCUGUAGAGUACGUGACGGCCCGUUUCGGCAAUGAGGACUCUCAGAGCUAUGCCGUCUUCACCAUCACAGACUACCCAGGAAGUGACAUCACCGUCUCCCUCUUCCUGCGCACACGGCGCCAUGCUGGCCUCUUAUUGGUGCUCGUCAAUAGCACCAGCCAAUACCUGCGCCUGUGGCUGGACGAGGGACGGGUUAGAGUUCAGCUCCAUAACUUUGAGACCUUGACCAGUGAGAGUGCGGUCAACGACGGAGACAUCCACUUUGUGAGCGUGGUGGUUGACCGUGAGCUUAUGGUCCUGUACGUGGCCAACCAGAAGCAAGGCUCGGUGGAGGUCAGGACGGUGGACAGUCAGAUGGGGGAUGUGGUGUAUGUUGGGGGUCUGGUGGAGCAGAAGGCAUCAGCAGCGUUCGGGGGCUACUUUAAAGGCUGUAUCCAGGACCUGAGGAUCAACGGAGAGAGACUGCAGUUCUUCAGGCUGGACACCCCGGUGACGUCAUAUCCUCUGGAGCUCAUGGCUAACGUCACGGCGGGCUGCACUGGGGACGACUCCUGUAGUGUGAGUGGACUGAGCAGUCCUUAAUACUCUCUACACCUGCCCCUCCCUGUCAAAACUCUGUCCCCUGUCUUUCAUCUGUCCUACCCUGUCCCCUGUCUUUCAUCUGUCCUACCCUGUCCCCUGUCUUUCAUCUGUCCUACUCUGUCCCCUGUCUUUCAUCUGUCCUACUCUGUCCACUGUCUUUCAUCUGUCCUACUCUGUCCCCUGUCUUUCAUCUGUCCUACUAUGUCCCCUGUCUUUCAUAUGUCCUACUCUGUCCCCUGUCUUUCAACUGUCCAACCUUUCAUCUGUCUUACCCUGUCCCCUGUCUUUCAUCUGUCCUACUCUGUCCCAUGUCUUUCAUCUGUCCUACUCUGUCCCCUGUCUUUCAUCUGUCCUACUCUGUCCCCUGUCUUUCAUCUGUCCUACUCUGUCCCCUGUCUUUCAUCUGUCCCCUGUCCCCUGUCUUUCAUCUGUCCCCUGUCUUUCAUCUGUCUUACCCUGUUCCCUGUCUUUCAUCUCUCCUACUCUGUCCCCUGUCUUUCAUCUGUCCUACUCUGUCCCCUGUCUUUCAUCUGUCCUACUCUGUCCCCUGUCUUUCAUCUGUCCCCUGUCUUUAAUCUGUCCAACUCUGUCCCCUGUCUUUCAUCUGUCCUACUCUGUCCCCUGUCUUUCAUCUGUCCCCUGUCUUUCAUCUGUCCUACUCUGUCCCCUGUCUUUCAUCUGUCCCCUGUCUUUCAUCUGUCCCCUGUCUUUCAUCUGUCCUACUCUGUCCCCUGUCUUUCAUCUGUCUUACCCUGUCCCAUGUCUUUCAUCUGUCCUACUCUGUCCCCUGUCUUUCAUCUGUCUUACCCUGUCCCCUGUCUUUCAUCUGUCCAACUCUGUCCCCUGUCUUUCAUCUGUCCUACUCUGUCCCCUGUCUUUCAUCUGUCUUACCCUGUCCCCUGUCUUUCAUCUGUCUUACCCUGUCCCCUGUCUUUCAUCUGUCCAACUCUGUCCCCUGUCUUUCAUCUGUCCUACUCUGUCCCCUGUCUUUCAUCUGUCUUACCCUGUCCCCUGUCUUUCAUCUGUCCUACUCUGUCCCCUGUCUUUCAUCUGUCUUACCCUGUCCCCUGUCUUUCAUCUGUCUUACCCUGUCCCCUGUCUUUCAUCUGUCCAACUCUGUCCCCUGUGUUUAAUCUGUCCAACUCUGUCCCCUGUGUUUAAUCUGACCUACUCUGUCCCCACUCUUUUAUCUGACCUACCCUGUCCUUUGCCCAUGCCAUACCCAGUCCUGCCCUGUCUUUGCCUGCUCUGCACACUGCCCUGUGCCACCCUUGCCUAUCCCAGCCAUGCUUUACCAGUCUUGCCCCAGUCUUGCCCCUGUCUUGCUCCUGUCUUGCCCCAGUGUUGCACCUGUCUUGCUCCUGUCUUGCCCCAGUCUUGCCCCUGCUCAUCCCUUCUCAGUAUUCAUUAUCUCACUCCUCAUCAUUGCCUUGGAAAGGCAUGAACGUCACCAAUCCCACACAAUGAAAUUAAAUGGUGUUUAAUGGUAAGGCUGUUAAACAGGAGUGCUGUGAUGUACUUAAGGUCAAGUAGAGAAGUUGAUUAACAAUACAAAGAAGAACAGUAGAGAAUAAGGACCGAUAAGAAUACUGCCAACUGUUUAGAUUAGGGUCGGAGUUAGGGUCAGAGUUAGGGUCAGGGGGUCAGAGUCAGAGUUAGUCAGAGUCAGUUAGAGUCAGGGUUAGGGUUAGAUUAUUUGACUCUGUUUAAGAACAUAGGCCUUUGGCUUGGUGUCCUCCAUCUCCCUCUCUAUCACCAUCCCAAAUCCCUAUGUGUGAUACUACACUGACCAAACAUUAAGAACGCCUUCCUAAUAUUGAGUUGCACCCCCCAGUUCUUGGUUCUUCACACAAACCGGUGCACCUGGCACCUACUAUCAUACCCCAUUCAAUGGCACUUACAUUUUUUGUCUUGCCCAUUCACCCUUUGAAUGGCACACAUACACAAUCCAUUUAUCAAUUGUCUCAAGGCUUAAAAAUCAUUUUUUAACCUGUCUCCUGCCCUUCAUCUACACUGUAAUUAGGGUUAAGCAAUUAGGGUUAAGCGUCUUGCUCAAAGGCACAUCGACAGAUUUUUCAUCUAGUCGGCUCGGGGAUUAGAACCAGCGACCUUUCGAUUACUGGCACAACGCUCUUAACCACUAAGCUACCUGCCGCCCCUUAUUGACAUCAAUAAGGGAUCAUAGCUUUCACCGGGAUUCGCCUGGUCAGUCUAUGUCAUGGGAAGAAUGUUUUGUAAACUCAGUGUAUGAAUUGUGUAUAGUGGGACAACAGAGAUGUUUUCUCUAUUCAUGCCUUCUCAAUGCUAAGUGUGCAGUAAACUACUAGCUAUAUUAACACAACUGAUAUUGUGCUCUCUUACUCACCAAGUAAGUCAGACAUGAGCAUUUAUGAAUAAUACAAGAUGACCUGAAUGUCCGUCUCUGCUUUAUUUAUAAUAAAAUAAUAAUCAACCGUAUUUGUUGUUCUUCUCCCAGAGGAACCCGUGUCAGAACGGGGGGAUGUGCUACUCCAUGUGGGACGACUUCACCUGCACCUGCCCCCCCAGCACUGCAGGGCGGCGCUGUGAGGAGGUCAAGUGGUGUGAGCUGUCCCCUUGCCCCGCACAGGCAGAGUGCCACAUCCUCAGCCAGGGAUACGAGUGUAAGUCAUUCUGCAUUAAAUCUGUCGCCCGUCAGUCCGCCCGUCAGCCCACCCGGCCGCCCGUCCGUGAGGUGGGACUGGGAUUAGACCAGAUUAACCUGUGGUUGGAUUAGUGAUGAUUUACAUGGCUGUCUGUCUGCCCUGUCACCCCUGUGAUUAGCUGUCCUGGAAUAAGGACAGAAACAACACCGUCACUUCACAAGCGGACUAUACAGUAUUGUUGUGUAUACCCAGCACACGUACCUUCAUCAUAUCAAUCCUGUUGUGGUUGAUUUUCUGUUUAUUUGUUAAUAUUUAUUCUUUAUCACUACUUGUAUUCUAUGGUCUGUAUUCCAUCACAUGGUUGAAGAUUAAAGCCUUUUUUAAAUGACCACAUAUUUACAUCCCUUCUCUUUCCCAGGCUUUUCCAACGCCACUUUCCUUGACGACAGCAGUGUGCUGUCUUACCGCAGUAACGGCCGUAUCCAACGCAGCCUAGCCAGUAUCUCCCUCAGCAUGCGUACCCGUAAACGCCACGCCGCCAUCUUGCACGCCGAGCGUGGGCCAGAGUUUGUGACGGUGUCUGUGCAGGAUGGCCUUCUCUUCCUUGAGCUCCAGAGCGGUGUGGGGGAGGGCUCCUCCACAGUGUCCCUGAGCAGUCGGAGGGGGGUCAGCGACGGGGAGUGGCACAGCGUCCACCUCUUCAUGGUCACCCCCUGGGCAGAGGCCUCCCGCUGGACCCUGGUGCUGGAUGAGGAGGCGGAGGAGGCAGGGACCUCCAGCAGCGAAGGGGGCAACCUGGACUUCCUCAGGGAGGAGGUGGACAUCCUGCUGGGGGGGCUGGGGCCCGAGGCUGGCUGGAGCCUAGUGGGGUGCCUGGGCACCGUGGAGGUAGGGGGCAUCGCGCUGCCUUACUAUAGCCCCUCAGAGGUCAACCUGCCCCGGACUCAGGAGGAGCAGUUCCUGCGAACGUCCCCCAGCCCGCCCAGGGGCGGGUGCAGUGGAGGCCCGGUGUGCCAGCCUAGCCCAUGUGUGAACGGGGGCAGCUGCCAGGACCUCUGGAACCUGUUCAACUGUAGCUGUGAGGAGGGCUGGACCGGACGCCGCUGUGAGCUCAACACAGACACCUGCGCCUCCAACCCCUGUAUCCAUGGCAACUGCAGCGUUCAGGGGCUGGCAUACGAGUGUUCCUGUGAGUUUGGCUACACCGGGAUGAACUGUGAGGAGGAAGUGGAUGUGUGUGAGAACCAUCUAUGUGCUCAUGGAGGGACGUGUCUACAUGGAGUGGACAAGUACGCUUGUCUGUGUGCUGAGAACUACACCGGACCUUACUGCAAGUGAGUCACAUGAGUGGGGUCAGGAAGGGAAUGAAAUGUCAUAUUUAUUUUUAUACAAAGCAAUAAACAUCACCAUCACCUCAUCCUGAAAAUGUUUCACCAAAUUGAUAAUUGCUUUUAUGUUAUUUUUGUCUGUAAAGCUUUUAUUCCAAAGUUAAAGUCCCUUUGAGUUUAAACACAGUUAGAAAAAUAUUAAGUAUGAAGUCUACAAAUAGACUUUAAUAACUAGCAGUUGAAACAAUAUUUCAUGUUUUGAAAACAUGGAUUCUGCAACUUGUACAUUUCAAUGAGAUAAAAGCUAAAUCAAAGCAUCUCAAUGCAGGACAGUACUCCAGCGGGACUCCCUUACAACACAGUAAGGAAAAGGAGAUCUUCUAAAUGUUCAGAUGUGUAUGAGGCACUGAAACCAUGCACCAACUGCGUGUUUGACUUGUUGCAUGUCUGUUGUACUAAACGUCAUAUAGCUAUGACUCUAGUGUGUUGCCAUAGUGUACUGUGUAAUCAGUUCCCUGGUGGUUCAGUGCUACUGCCUCUCAUCUUUCAUUCGUCUCGGAGCAUCAUCGAGGGAAUUCCUCCAUUCAUUUAUCUUGUAUAAACACACUCUCUCUCACACGCACUUUCAACUCUCUCUCUCUCUCUCUCUCUCUCUCUCUCUCUCUCUCUCUCUCUCUCUCUCUCUCUCUCUCUCUCUCUCUCUCUCUCUCUAGUGAUCGUAUUGAGGAAAUUCCAUGGUACAUAGUAGUCAACAGGAAGGUGUAAGUUGUUUUUAUUAUUUGCUAGUCUUCGUUGCCAUAUCAACCAGCCUCCAUACCGGAUGUUGUAAGUCCCAUAGAGCAGGACUGAGUCCAUGAUGUUUUAAAUUCCUACAGUAGUGGUUUAAUGUCCUGUAGUUUAGAGCAGUUGGGGGUCUAAAUCUCAUUAUCCUGAUCGUCCCCUAAACCCCUUAGUCUCCCAGUGGGGUGACAGACAGUACGUCCCACUCCCCCUAGUUCACACACAGGUAUUAGUAGACGGUAAACCCCGGCCCCACAUUGUCACUCCUGGGCGACGCCCGUCCCUCAACCACGAUGCCCGCCCCUCAACCACGACACCCGCCCCUCAACCACGAUACCCGUUCUUAUCCCCAUCUCUCUCUCACACACACACACACACACACACACACACACACACACACACACACACAUUCACUCCCUUUAGAGAAGUGUGCCUGUGUGAUGGUUUGUCCUGUAUGUGGUUGGGUUUUCUCCUCAGUCGGCCCAAGCUGCCAGUGUCCGUCUGUGGAGAUGAAACCAGAAACUACACCUGCUUCAACGCAGGGAACUGCACCGAGAGAGACCUGUCCUGUGACUGUCUACCCGGCUUCACAGGGCACCGGUAAGAGAAAGGAGGAAGGGGUAGAUGGGAGGGGAGAGAAAGUAAGAAAAUAUACCCAGAAUAUAGGUGAACUUUGUAAAACAUACACACAGACCACAUGAUGUUGUCUGUUUUUCUGACCCUCUCUGUCUCUGUCUGUCUCUCUCUGUCUCUGUCUCUGUGUCUCUCUCUGUCUCUCUGUCUCUGUCUCUGUCCGUCUCUGUCCGUUUCUGUGUCUUUGUCUCUCUGUCUCUGUACUCUGUAGCUGUGAGCAGGAGGUCGAUGAGUGCAAGUCCAACCCCUGCCUGAACGGGGGCUACUGCCGAAACCUCAUCAACAAGUACCACUGUGUGUGUGACAUGAGCUUCGCCGGGGACAAUUGCCAGAUCGACGUAAGCGACAUUUACUUUUACGUGGCCGUUCUGCUCUGGCAGAACCUCUUCCAGCUACUCUCCUACCUUAUCCUGCGACUCGAUGAUGACCCUGAGAUCGACUGGGGAGGGCAGGACGAC